AUGAGUUCGGUACCAGGCUCGGAGUCUACAGCAGAUGCAUCAUCAACGCAUACGUACUCUACGAGACUGAAAGAAAGACAGAAAGAAGAGGAGAUAGAGAAGAAGCUGAAGCUCAAACAACGUCAGCACAAUGUGGUGGUUCAUCCAAGACUCAAACCAGUUCCAUUCAAGAGUCUGGAUCUCUUCAAUUCCAGCACUGGGCUAGGGAUGAAUGUCGUUCACGAAAUUGAUGGAAAGGUGUUCUACCAAUCGGAAGAAAAUCCACACAACCGGAGAGGAUUCAAAUAUAAACCUUGCAGGCCGAAUCCUUUGUUUGUAUCUAACUUGUAUCUGACUACAGAGAUGCCUCCUUAUGAAGUAGGGCCAAGCUACUUCGACAUCGCACCAGGAGUAGUUCACACCGAGGACAUGAAAUUGGUUUCGACGCAGCAGGGCUGGAGGUCAGUACGGACCAAUUGUGGAAUUCGUGAAGGAAAGUACUUCUUUGAGUUUAAUAUUGUAAAGGCUAACGACGGAGAUCUGAGAUCUCACGUGAGAAUUGGUCUUGGAAGAAAGGAAGCCAGUUUGGAUGCCCCAGUAGGUUUUGACGGCUAUAGUUACGGUUUGAGGGAUGUAAAUGGUGAAUUCAUCACAUUGAGUAGACCCAAGGAGCCUUAUGUAGAAGGAGGGUUUAAAACCGGUGACAUUGUUGGCUUUCUUGUAGAGUUUCCAUCUUUGCAAGUACAGAAGAAGGCAGUAGACGACUUUGUCGGCGCCAAAAAGAGCUUGAUUGCCACAGCUUCAGAACAGAAUGAACACCAGCGGAAAAAGAAGAAGACUGCAAAGAAGGAGGAUGUAGUGGAGGAAAAUGACAAGUUCUACUGUGAGGGUAAUAUACUUCGGGACCAGAUUCCCAUAAGAUACAAAGGUGCGUUGUAUUACGAACAAUACGAAUAUACAAAUACCAAGAUCAUGGACCAUUUGUUAAAUCCAGUCACAAUAUUUGGUGAGAAAGCUGUCCUUGAGAACAGCAACGUCCAGGAGAAGAAUAAUGUGAUUCCUGUUAUUCCCCAGCUGAGAAUUCGGAUCUUCAAGAACGGCAUUGAACAGAAGGAAACAGUACAUGAUCUAUACUCGUUUCUUCCCACAGACAUCGAUAACGAGGACUUGAAUAUUGCUCCUAAUACAAAGCAGCAACAGAAUCCUAAUUACAGAAAUACCGACGACGGGUCACUUGGCUACUACCCCAUGAUGUCUGUAUUUCAGAACGGAAUUGUUGGCAUCAAUGCUGGACCUGAUUUCAAGUUUCCGAUAGUUGAAGAAGGAGUCAAGCCUUUGAGCGACAGAUAUAACGAAGCGGUAGUAGAAGAAUGGUACUGGGACCUUAUCGACGAAGUCGAAGGUGAGUAUCUUGAUAGCUUUGACAUAUAG